UUGUCCACAUUACUCGAAUCCAGAGUCAUAUUUAAUACGGCUCCGUUCGAAUCUUAUUCUGGUUGUUCUAGAUAUACAAUCUACUGAACAUAGGGCAUACGUUUUUUUCUGCUCUCUUCUGAAUGGCCCAUCGUAACACCAUUCAUUGGUUACAUCACUCAAUAUUACACUGUCACAUAAGAGAAGAAAUUAGGGUUCUGUAACUCGCACACUCUGUGGUAUUGACAUCAUGACGGCGUAAUUUGAUUUGCAUUUCAUCAAUGAUUUUAUUUGUUUGGCUUUCAAGCCAGCAUAAUCGUAAGUAUAUGUUUAGCCUACUUUAUUGGCUAGCUAGCUAGAACGUUACUUGUUCAGCUACUAGUCUCGAGGUAUAAUAACACAUUAAUAUUAUGGAUAUUGUUUUGUAUUAUAAUUACAUCCUAUUUUCAACUCCUUUUUUACAGGUUCGGACAAGACCCACAGACUGGAUACGUUAAUGCUGGCUGAACUGAACAGUGCGUUCUAUUUACCAACGCUACUGUAGCUAGUUCAUUAGCCAGCUAAGCUAGCUAGCUAGCUAGCUUGCCAGUCAACACACUUUUGGCUAUUUUUUUUUAUUACUCUUUGAUAUUCCCCACAUUCCUAUUUAUAUAUUUUUUGCCGACUUAAAUAAAAUAAUGUCAUGCCCAUGCAGAUCAGCGGCGAGAUUGUUCAUAACUUCUCAAAAAGGUAAGCAUAUUUUGCUCGCUAACUUGCUGGCUAGCUAGCUAGUCUUCUAGCCAGCCAGUUUGCAAGUUGCACUAUCAUGGAAUUCUAUCCCAUGCAGUCAUAUAAUGUUCAGUGCCACAUUGUAACAAAUAAUGAAUAUGAGGUGUUGAGAAAAGCAACUACUGUGAAAAGGGGUAACAUGGUUGUUUUGCAAAGUUGGAACCUGUAACAGCUACCAGCUAGCCUUGUAGCUAAAGCUAGCUAAACUGAUGGUAACUUGACCUACAAUGUUGUUACACAAGAAAUAACCCUGCAGUGGUGGUGCAUGCAGUACAGUUAGUUAUUUAUCCAAAGAUUUUGUCAACAUUUUCAUGUUAUGAAUAAAUCUAUGUUUUGGGGAGCUUUCAGGGACAUGCCCCCUUAUGCAUUCAUAUUUGACACUUAUGAAGAAAUAUAGGUGUUUUUAUAUAGGUGUUUUUAUCUAUUGAUCAGUAAUAUGCUCAAUGUUUGCAUUGCUGAUUUAGAAAAUGUACAUUAACAGUAUGUCAAUUGAUUGAAUCUGCUUGUACUUUCACAGGUAUCUCUAACACCAGAGUCCAGUUAUUUUCUAUUAGCAGACCAGGAACACCUGAAAUCCGAUUAAGCAGAAGAGAAUCCUGUGAGAUCCUUCUCCAAAUCAUCUGUAUAUUUUUCAUCAAAAGACAUCAAAGAUGGCUCCGGCGAUGGAGGAAAGGUAUGUCAAAAUCAAUCCUUAUUAAUCUGUUGUUACUAUUAAUAAGACAUUAUAAGGUCACACAUGCUUAUGAUGACAAGUCUUACAAUGCAUGGCAAUCACAUCAUAAUGCAUUAUACCUGUUGGCCAUAUGUAAAGUUCAUUGAAUGUUAUGAUAUCUUCGUGACUUCCUCCAUGGUGAAUGAUCUAGUCCCAGCAGUAGCUACAGUACAUACUCUACAUCCUCUGCUCUUCCACUCUUGACAGAAAUCAGUUGGUGAUGCGGGAAGUGGGAAAAGAGGAGGCUCCGGUGGCUCCGGAAAAGGAGGCAGCCAGCUACGCUGUCCCAAGUGUGGAGACGCCUGCACACAUGUAGAAACCUUUGUGUGUAAGUGUUUUACUUUUCUUUGCAUAUUUGAAAAGAGAGGAGAGGAAUUGUGUACGGUCAAGCUUGGCACAGGAGCCAAUCUCAAGUAUGAGAAGUUAAUGUUCAAUAAAAGUGCUUUGAAACAAGCAGCAAACUUUUUGCCUGGUCCCAGAUCUGUUUGUGCUGUAUGGCCAACUCCUAUAUGGUCGUUGUUAUGCCAAAGAUACGCCAAUUGACCAUAGGAGUAGGCAAGACAGCACAAACAGAUUGGGAACCCAUGCUAGCAAACUGUGCAGUGACCCUGACACUCACGUUCUUUUAAUUUAUUUUAAUUUAUUUAACAUAUGGUUCUUUAACAUGGGUACCAGUCUGAAUGACAUGCACAACAUGUGGAAGGGACAGCAUUUAAGAGAAUAUGGUGUUGCCCUAGCUUUCAACUGACCUGUUUUACCUAGUAUCUACUGGCUCAGUGCAGCUCACACAUCUAUAGGGAAUGCCAGACUACUGGGCAACUGCUGUCAAACAUAUUGCGUGUUACUAACAAAUAAAGUCCUUAUGUAACAAAUGGGUCACAGUCACAGACCAGCUAAAAGUAACACAGAUCUAGUUUGUGUGCUUAUGCCCCAACUAGCAAUAUCAUGAUCCGGCUUAGUUGGUGCCAUAACAUACUUCCCCCCCCCUCCCUCUCCCUAGCUUCAACCCGCUUUGUGAAAUGUGAGAAAUGUCAUCACUUCUUUGUGGUGCUGUCAGAGACCGACUCCAACAAGCGUCUCAAUAAGGAGCAGGGAGCAGCCAACGAGGCCGUCAAACUGGCCUUCCAGCAGAAACCUCCCCCUCCUCCUAAAAAGGUACAGUAGACAGGUCUUACAAUGCAUUAUACCUGCAGGCUUUAAGUAAAGUGUUAAGAUGUGGAACAACAAGAACGGGAUUCAUUGUGGCCUAGGAUGGUCUAGUGGUCUAAGCCGUUGCCUGCGGUGCACACAUACCGCUGCAGCGUGGGUUUUUAUUUAUUGUAUCUUUAUUUAACUUUACUGGUCCUACACUCACACAUUACCAGGUAGUAGAUUCUAACACAUCUCACACAGUUUCGGAGUAUAAUAAUUAGUCACUACUAAGAAAGUACUAAUCAUACUUAAAACAAGAACAUUUCACAACUAUAUUUAAGGGUGGAACAUUUAGUCAUUACUUUUAACCUGUAUAUAUUUUAAUUUCUAUAUCAAACCCUUCUAGCUACUCUCUGUCCUCUUGCAAUGUCCCAACACAUGCACUUUUUGUGUCUGUCAGAGAAUGUGUGGUUCAGUCAUCCAUGUUAAGUUAUAGCUUACCGAGCUUUGUAACAUCCGCCACACCACUGAAAGUAGAACAAGCAGAGAUUGUACCAAAAAAGCCCCAAAGAGGGACGUGUGUGUAUGAACAGUCUGCAGAACUUGUUGGUAACAUUUUACUUAAGGCAUUACUUACAGUCUGGGAUUCAAACCACAACAAUGCGGUAACCCCGCCACUUUUUUAUGGUUGGAGGAUGAGGCUGGAGAAAUGUAACCACACUCAAAUUCAAACAUUAAUUUAAAAGUUCAAAAAUGUAUAUACAAAUCAAUGAUAGCCCCUUUAAAGCCUGUAGAUAUAAUGCUUUAUAACUUGUUAUUGGCUUGUAUGAGCCUUUAUAAUUCAUGUCUUAUUAUAAGGCUUAUAAUAUGUUUUGUCGCUGUAUGUUGAACAUUUUCAAAUGACCCAAAAUGGCUGUUAUUUUUUAUAAGAUGAUGAUAAUGUGACAUUGUAAGGAGGAUCAUUAAUACUUAUAAAUCUUGUAAUGCAUUAUAACUGCAUCAUGCAUUAUGCUUUAUGUAAAGUGUUAACAAAUUGUCUUUCAGAUCUAUGCCUACCUGGAUAAGUACGUUGUUGGCCAGUCCUAUGCAAAGAAGGUGCUGGCGGUGGCUGUUUACAACCACUACAAGCGCAUCUACAAUAACCUUCCGGGAGCGGGCACCAAGCCACAGGCGGAGGUAGAGAAGCAGGCCUCCCUGACUCCACGAGGUUGGUACCGUCCCUGUCUGUUUCUGUAUCUCAUUUGUCUGAAAUGGCCUUCUCCCUUCCUCGCAAAUUAUUUCUUCCAUCUGCACCUAUGUGAAUGAACUUGACAGGUGAAAGGUACUAUUGAGUAGCUAUCUUAUGUCUUCAAAUCAGUGCAGAAGAAGAAGAGGAGAUGAGAGGAAGCGACUUUAUACUAUCGAGGUGCGUCCUAAGUGUAGGGGCAGUUAAUUCUUUUACUGUGCACCUUGAAAUGUGACAGCAUGCCAUUCACUCAGGUUAACAAAAUGCAUUAGCCCAUGUGCAAUGUAAAACAGAAUCAUAGCUGAAUGGAAUGGAAUGAAUGGUAUGAUAAACUGUUCUCUUUGGCAUGUGUACAAUGGCUUUUAAAGGCUAAAAUAAAACGCCGUCUCUUGAAGUCCUCCCUCAUCCAUUGAUUUAAAGUAACUACCCAGUGUUUCCAGAUUUCUAUGAAAUAUGACCAAUAAUUAAUUACAAUAUGAGUGAAAUAGUUUUCCUUCACAAAAAUGGUAGUAAAGUAUUUUUUUGGUGUGGGCAUAACCCAACAACAGAAUGGCGUAUACCGGUCAUACAUUUUUUUCAUUUGGGUAGACCGCUGAUUGGCCAGCUUGAUGACAUCAUCCUCUAUAAGGAAAUAGCAAGCAUUUUUUAAAUGGUCUGUUUGAGAUACAAGUUUGAGGUGGUUACUUUUAAGUGUUAUUUCUCCAAUUUAUGCUUUGGCCACAAAUACGAAUAUAGGAUGAGUAAACAACAUUAUUUGGGUAUGAUUGAAUAGAAUAUGAACUUUUAAAAGUGAGCUUUUCACUGGACAGUUACUUUAAGGUUUUCCCAGUUUGAACAGGACUUUGGGCUAAUGGCAUUUUCCAGUGCCUCAUGGUAACGGUAGUGAUAAUGUCAGAUGGCAACUUUCACCCUCGUUCUGUGGAGCUAGAGAAGACGAGAGGAUGAACACAUAUUGACAAGUAAGUGGUAACUCGUACAGAAUAUCAGUUACAUACAGCCAGGGGCUUUCAGCACUUCUCUCACCAAAAUGUUCUCUAGCUCGCUAAUAGUCUCUUUCCCAGCUCAUCACUUUUCAGUUUCAAUCAACUAAUAGUCCGGUUGUACAAAUGCCAAAAUUCUCCUCACCCUGCAUCCUCUCCCCCACGUCCUCUCCCCACCGUCCUCUCCCCCACGUCCUCUCCCCCACCAUCCUCUCCCCACCGUCCUCUCCCCCACCGUCCUCUCCCCACUGUCCUCUUCCCCACCAUCCUCUCCACACCGUCCUCUCCCCCACCGUCCUCACCCCCACCAUCCUCUCCCCACCAUCCUCUCUCCACCAUCCUCUCCCCACCAUUCUCUCCCCACCAUCCUCUCCCCCACCGUCCUCUCCCCACCGUCCUCUUCCCCACCGUCCUCCCCCCUUACCAUCCUCUCCCGCACAGUCCUCUCCCCACCGUCCUCUCCCCCACCGUCCUCUCCCCACCGGUCUCUCCCCCACCGUUCUCUCCCCCACCGGCCUCUCCCCACCGUCCUCUCCCCCACCAUCCUCUCCCGCACAGUCCUCUCCCCACCGUCCUCUCCCCCACCGUCCUCUCCCCACCGUUCUCUCCCCCACCGUUCUCUCCCCCACCGUUCUCUCCCCCACCGGCCUCUCCCCACCGUUCUCUCCCCCACCGUCCCCUAACUGUAACUGCUGUAUCAGGUAACAUGGACAGUAUGUAUGCCUGCCUGAGAGUUGCACAACAAGCAGAAGUGACAUAAUAAGAAUAUUGGGCAAAGUGCAUGUUCCCUCUCUCAGACAUGUCCAGUAAGUGAGACAGACACACAGACGGACAGAGACAGACAGACAGACAAAGAAAAUCAGACAGAAAUACAGACAGACAGACAGUGGCCUGGUAACCUUGUUAUUAGUCAUACACAUCUAUAUCUCUCCACACAGUAACGAAACACUGUGCCUUAGUCCAAUAUUUAUUCACUCUCACAGUAUACACAGUAGCUGAACCUAGUGAACAAUUUAUUUAUAGAAUAGACUUGGACACAGGACAAACAUUUUGUUAUAGAACAACGUCAAUAUAAAGUUGCAUUUUCUCAGCAGGGGAUAAUACAUAUAACUGGAAAUGUGUGUCCUGCUGCUUAUCUGUAGAGGUUCGGUAGUGUUGUGUCAUCAUCAGAAAUCCCUUGAGGUCAAGGGUUAUCCCUUUUUCACAGGUUUUGGUGGAGUAGGGUGAAGUUGCCUCUAGACCCUGAUCUUGGAUCAGUUUAGCAUUUUUCCACUAAGGAUCGGGGGUGGGUAAGCUGAUCCUAGAUCUGUACCUAGGGGAAACUUUACCCCGGAGAGGUUCUGGCCUGCGUGGCUUGCUUGUUGUGGGUCCUGCUGUGGCUGAGCCGAUCCUGGAGCCACACACCCAUCCACAGACGCUGCAAAUCAUAUGGUUUGUGUCCCAAAUGACACCCUUAUUCCCUAUAUAGUGCACUACGUUCCUAGCUGACCCCUCUCUCUCUUCUCUCUUUUUGUCCCACCUCCUCUCUCUCCGCCCCCUCCCUCUCCAUUCCCUCCUUUUCUUUACCUCCUCUCUGUCUGUUCUUUCAGAGCUGCUGCAGAUCUCCGGGAUCAGUCCCCAUGGCAACGCGCUGGGUGCAUCAGUGCAGCAGCAAAGCCAGCAGCCUGCCCAGGAGAAGAGGGGGGGCGAGGUGCUCGACUCUCACCACACCAACAUCAAACUGGAGAAGAGCAACAUCGUGCUGCUGGGACCCACCGGAUCAGGUGAGCAGAUGAAACUCCUUUGGAAGGAUGGGAGCAGGUGCCAAUCUGUAAGGGAAAUCAUUUUCUAUUACAGUGUACUACUUUUGAUCAGAGUCUCCUAUGUCCCUCUGUGAUUAAACAGUUUGUCAUUGAGUCAGCUCUUCAAUUGGCCCUACACUGUUAUAAGGCCUGCGAAGGGUAGUAAUGACAUACAGUAGCAGAUGUCAUAAAUGCUCAUGAGUGUGGAUGGAAACUGACUUUACACAGUUAUGACACUGACACUAAGAGUUGCGCCUAGUGCCUGAAUUCACCCUGCACUGUCAUGAGCCCUGCAUAAGGUGACACAAUUAUGGCAUUACAGCUGGUAUUACUGUCACGCUUUCUGACAUGACUCUAAAGUCAAUUGCUAUAUGCUAACAUCUACUUUUACAACCAUGUAUGCCAUCUGUUUCGUAGUCGUACGUAGUCUUUUACGAGUUCCCAAGAGGGGUCAAACAAAACACAUACAAAAUAGGUUGUAAUAGGAUUGUUGGCUUUGACAUCUGUAUUACAGGAAACUAAAAGUGCAUUAAAGGAAUAUUACACUCAAAGGCAUCAUGACAGUUUUUGCUUUGUACUGAAAGUGCUCAGCAGACUUGACUACUGACAUGCACAAUUUGUUGGGAUUGCGUUAACACUAGUAAACAAUUGCGCUAACGCUAGUUAGCAACAUCCUUCAAACUGCACGCAGAGACAUAAAAAUGGUGACUCUGGGGAAUUAGAUAAAAUCCUGAAGUAUCCCUUUAACACAAAGGUUUUUUUGUGUAGUAUUCCAUUAAACAAAUGUUGUAAAAUGGAUGCUUUGGUAUUUCCUAUUUCCUGACAUUGAUUGACAUCCAUAUUGCAGGUAAAACCCUCUUGGCCCAGACUCUUGCUAGGUGUCUGGAUGUGCCCUUCGCUAUCUGCGACUGCACCACGCUAACCCAGGCAGGCUAUGUGGGCGAAGACAUUGAGUCUGUGGUGGCCAAGCUCCUCCAAGACGCCAACAACUCUGUUGAGAAAGCACAACAAGGUAUAGUAUAAUGUGUUACUUACUUGCUUGUGUAUGUGAAUGCCUGUGGUUGUGUAUGAAAUGUGACGUCAGUACGACUAUAUUAUCAAGUAUUGUACUUGUAGCACAUCAACUUCAGUCCAUGUUCUAAAUAAUAAAAUAAUAAUAAUAAUAUGCCAUUUAGCAGACACUUUUAUCCAAAGCGACUUACAGUCAUGCGUGCAUACAUUUUUGUGUAUGGGUGGUCCCGGGGAUCGAACCCACUACCCUGGCGUUACAAGCGGCGUGCUGAGCUACAGAGGACAACACUACUAAGUGUUGGUUGAGUUUUGAUGGUGAAUUAUUUAAUUGGAUAAAGAAAAGCUUAUGAAACGUGCCAUCUGUCUGACUAUCUUAUCAAGUACUGUACUUGUAGCAGAUACAUUUCCCUAAAUACCCUAAGAGGGGAUGUUUUUCAAAGUAAAUAACUGAAUUAAAGGCACAGUAGGCAACGUUUUGGGUGACCUGACCAAAUUCACAUAGAAAUGUGAGUUAUAGAUCAGUCAUCCUCAUUGACAGUAUGUCUGAGAAGCGGUAGAUCUGUGCUAUGUGCGCUAUUUUUCUAUGCUUCCCGUUCUCAAGUUUAGUUUUUGCUUGUUUUACUUUCAGUUUUACUUUCGGUCUUCAAACAUCUGAAAAAACUAUAUUUUUAGUUAUUGAAAAUACAUUUCACAGUAGUUUAGACGGUACAAUGAAGCUCUACACUAUUCAAUACUUAUUUUAGCAACCAGGAAAUGGCGCAGCGAUUUCUUCCUAUUGUACCUUUAAAGAUAUAGUGACAGUGUAGGCCCAAGUCUUUCAUGACUGCUGUGCAACAUAUAUUUUGUUAUUUCUCUAUCAUCACUGCACGGUGACUACACAAGGUGAAGCCAAAGAUUCUUCUGUGGUAAAAAUGUUGAUAUACUGUAUGCUAACUCUAUGCUCUGAACGGUGAUUGGUUCUCGGUCUCUUCACUGAUUGGUCCUCACAGGCAUCGUGUUCCUGGAUGAGGUGGAUAAGAUUGGCAGUGUGCCCGGAAUCCACCAGUUACGAGACGUGGGGGGUGAGGGAGUACAGCAGGUCAGUGAAUACUGUGUAUAGAUAGAUAUCAUAGUAGACUAUUUAUAGAUAUGUAGUAUGUAGAUCUGUCACUGUCAGGCGGUAAAGUCCUGCCAUGAACACUAUUUGCCCUGUCAGUUGUAAAACCUGUAUAUUCUGGUUUCAUAACAGAUUUUCUUGACCUUUCACUGCAAGUCUGUGAAAAACACACUUGUUGACUUGUUGAUCUCCCAUAAGGAUUACAACAUGGGACCAUACAUACCUGUUACAGUGGUUUCCCAUCCAAACUUUACUUGCUGAUACUUCUUUAAUUGUCUAUUUGGAAAGCUCCCGUGUCUUAUAACCUUCAGUGGCUAGUUGCCCGUGAAACUCAGACAAUCAGACAAUGCUCUGAGUUAAAUCCAAAGCUAAAAAAAAAUAUUUUUUGCACCAUGUGAUAAAUUCCCUCAUUACCCUUCUACCAUCUUGGCUGUUGCCUCUCUAGAACAUAUUUGCUCUAGACGCGUGUUUGAUCACCCAGAAAUGGCUAGGGCAAAGAUGUUCCAGCACGAGGAGAGGUAAUGAGGGAAUUUCUCUGGGGUAGUGUACAUUGUGUGUGUCUCAUAAUGUCCUCCGUUUGGUGGUCAUUUGGUAGGGUCUACUCAAACUCCUGGAGGGCACUAUCAUCAACGUCCCCGAGAAGAACUCCAGGAAGCUGAGAGGAGAGACUGUCCAGGUGGACACCACCAACAUCCUGUUUGUGGCCUCCGGUGCCUUCAACGGCCUGGACCGGAUCAUCAGCAUGAGGAAGUGUGAAAAGGUGAACAUUUCAAUGUCAAAUCUUUUAUUCCAAAUUGUAUUUCAAUUUUAUUUCAAUUUUUUUUAUAACUACCUUUUUCUGUGAGGGAAUUUCUUGUGGAGUGGUUCAUACAAUAAAAAACAGCACACAAAUAACAAACAGUCAAUACAGAACGAAACUAGGCUGCCGUCCCUGUGUGGCUCUGGCCAAAUGUACUAUACUAGACUAGAUAGGGAGGCAAACAUUUCAGACAGACCCUUGAUUUUGUGGCAAGGUUGCAUUUGUAAGUGCAAGGGUUUUAGUGUUACCAUAAGUGAUAUUGCAUUGAAUCAAUAUAUUAUUUUUCUCACCCAUCUACACACAAUACCCCACAAUGACAAAGUGAAAACAUGUUUUUAGAAAUUGUUGCACAUUAAUUGAAAAUGGAAUACAGAAAUAUCUCUAAUUUAUAUAAGUAUUCACAACCCUGAGUCACUACUUUGUAGAAGCGCCUUUUGCAGCGAUUAUAGCUGUGAGUCUUUCUGGGUAAGUCUAAGAGCUUUCCACACUUGGAUUGUGCAACAUUUUGUCCAUUAUUCUUUUCAAAAUUCAAUCACCGUUUCUUUUUUAUCCUGAAAAACUCCCCAGUCUUUAAUGAUUACAAGCACACAUAAUUAGGUUAGUGUUGUGGAGUAACUACAAUGUUGUUGAUCCAUCACAGCCAUUAAACUCUGUAACUCAUGGUGAAAUCCCAUAGCAGUUUCCUUCCUCUCCAGCAACUGAGUUUGGAAGGACACCUGUAUCUUUGUAGUGACUGGGUGUAUUGAUACACCAUCCAAAGUGUAAUUAAUAACUUCACCAUGCUCAAAGGGAUAUUCAAUGUCUGCUUCGUUGCGAGGCCUUGGCAAACCUCCCUGGUCUUUGUGGUUGAAUCUGUGUAUAAAAUUCACUUCUCAAGACCUUACAGAUAUUUGUAUGUGUUGGGUACAGAGAUAAGGUAGUCAUUCAAAAAUCAUGUUAAACCAGCGUUUCCCAAACUUGGUCCUGGGGACCCCAAGGGGUGCUUGUUUUGGUUUUUGCCCUAACACUACACAGCUGAUUCAAAUAAUGAACUCAUCAUCAUGCUUUGAUUAUUUCAAUCAGCUGUGUAGUGCUAGGGCAAAAAACAAAAUGUGCUCCCCUUCAAUAAGGUCUCGAGAAGUGAAUUUAAACACAGAUUCAACACUAUUAUUGCACACAGAGUGAGUCCAUGCAAUUUAUGUGACUUGUUAAGCAAAGUUUUACUCCUGAACUUAUACUGAACAAAAAUAUAAAUGCAACAUGCAACAAUUUCAACGAUUUUACUGAGUUACAGUUCAAAUAAGGAAAUCAGUCAAUUUGAAAUAAAUCCAUUAGGAUGUAAUCUAUAUAUUUCACAUGACUGGGCAGGGGCGCUGACAUGGGUGAGCCUGGGAGGGUAUAGGCCCACCCACUUGGGAGCCAGGUCAUCCCACUGGGGAGCCAGGCCCAGCCAAUCAGAAUGAGUUUUUCCCCACAAAUAGGCUUUAUUACAGCUGUCCAGGUGGCUGGUGUCAGACGAUCCCGCAGGUGAAGAAGCUGGAUGUGGAGGUCCUGGGCUAGCGUGGUUACGUGGUCUGCGGUUGUGAGGCCAGUUAGAAGUACUGCAAAAUUCUCUAAAACGAUGUUGGAGGCAGCUUAUGGUAGAGAAAUGAACAUUAAAUUCUCUGGCAACAGCUCUGGUGGACAUUCCUGCAGUCAGUAUGCCAAUUGCACGCUCCAUCAAAACUUGAAACAGCUGUGGCAUUGUAUUGUGUGACAAAACUGCACAUUUUAGAGUGGCCUUUUAUUGUCCCCAGCACAAGGUGCACCUGUGUAAUGAUCAUGCUGUUUAAUCAGCUUCUUCAUAUGCCACCUGUCAGGUGGAUGGAUUAUCUUGGCAAAAGAGAAAUGCUCAUUAACAAGGAUGUAAACAAAUUUGUGCACAAAAUCUGAGAGAAAUAAGCUUUUUGUGCGUAUGGAAAAUGUCUGGGAUCUUUUAUUUCAGCUCAUGAAACAUUACAUUUACAUUUACCAGACGCUCUUAUCCAGAGCGACUUACAUUAUUUUAUUUUUCAAACCACCUGUGGGAAUCAAACCCACAACCCUGGCGUUGCAAACGUCAUGCUCUAUCAACUGAGCUACAUCCCUGCCGGCCAUUCCCUCCCCUACCCUGGACGACGCUGGGCCAAUUGCGCGCCGCCCCAUGGGUCUCCCGGUCACGGCCGGCUACGACAGAGCCUGGAAUCGAACCAGGAUCUCUAGUGGCACAGCUAGCACUGCGAUGCAGUGCCUGAGACCACUGCGCCACUCAGGAGAGUACCAUGGGACCAACCCUUACAUGUUGCAUUAAUAUUUUUGUUCAGUAUAUUUAGGCUUGCCAUAACAAAGGGGUUGAAUACUUAUUGACUCAAGACAUUUAAGCUUUUCAUAUUUUAUUAAUUAGUAAAGAUUCAGACAAAAAUCAUUCCACUUUGACAUUAUAGGGUGUUGUGUGUAGGCCAGUAACCAAACAACUUAAAUGUAAUCAAUUUUAAAUUCAGGCUGUAACACAACAAAAUGUGGAAAAAAGUAAAGGGGUGUGAAUACUUUCUGAAUGCACUGUAUCUACAUGACAUUACAAGGUUGUUGUGGAAAACUCGAUCCAAAGAUUAGGCAGAGACUAAUUUAUAAUUAUACAUUAGUCAGUCUUUAAUACAUACGAGCAGCUGCAAGGUAGAUCCCUCUCUGAUCGCAGUCAGGGAAGGAGCUCCAAGAGUAAAUGGUUACAUGUCCCUUAUAUAGUAGGAGGUGAUAAUACAAUCAUAUUGUUACACAACAGUUAUUUAUACAAGCAACAGUUCCAGAACACAAUGGCCUUGUUUUAGAGUGCAGACUAAACAGGAGUCUAUGAAAUGCAUAACAUCACAGUCCAACACAGAACAUAUCCCUUGAGAAGUUACAAGAGCUCACCCCAAAUUCUGCCACAAGGUAAAUGAGAAGAACUGCAGUUGUGUUUACAACGUUCUCAACCUGAUACAGUCCAGUCACUGUGGGACAAAUCCUAAUGAAAUUGGUCUGCGUAAAAAUUGACUUUAAAGCACGAUUUGCGUGAAAAUCCAAGUUAUUCACGCAUAGGCCUAUCUCAAGUUAGGAUGCAGCCUUUGGUCAGAAAAGACUGCAAAUGUGGGUGGGAUUGGGAAGGUUCAGGUGGGGUCAAGAGGACUUGGGUAUUCGGAGCAGCUUCACUUGUGUGUAUAUAAGGUGAAAAGAAAUGAGACAUCAAAUAGACAAUGCAACAUAACUACAAAAUCAGCCUAUAGUAGCAGAACUGUCUCUCUGUAACUGCAUCCCUCCCCCUCUCUGCAGUAUCUGGGCUUCGGCACACCGUCCAGUAUGGGCCAGGGGCGUCGGGCAGCUGCGGCCGCAGACCUGGCCAACAGCAGCGGAGCGGAGAUGGACGCCGUGCUGGAGAUCGAGGAGAAGGACCGGCUCCUGAAGCAUGUGGAGGCCCGGGACCUCAUCGAGUUUGGGAUGAUCCCCGAAUUCGUGGGGCGCCUGCCUGUGGUGGUGCCCCUGCACAGCCUAGACGAGGAGACCCUGGUUAGGAUCCUGACAGAGCCACGCAAUGCUGUCAUACCCCAGUACCAGGCCCUGUUCAGCAUGGACAAGGUGGGGACUCAUUAUUGUUAUUAUUAGUGGUGGUAGUAGUAGUGGUAGUGGUAGUUGAAGUAUUGGUGUUACAGGUGGUAGUGGUAGUAGUAGUAGUAGAAAUAGUAGUAGAAGUAGUAGUAGUAGUAGUAGAAGUAGUAGUAGUAGUAGUAGCAGUAGUGGGGUUAGUGGUGGUGGUGGUGGUAGUAGUAAUAGUCGUAGUAGUAGUCGGUCCCUUCAGGAUUUUGCGAUUCUGUACAUAAAACAGUCAUCGUAAUAUUAUUGCAUAAAACUGACGAUCACCACACUACAAAAAGAGGGCUCGCAAUUUCAACGAAUCACCCCGCAAAAUAAAGCAUUUAUGCCUGCAAAUAUCACAACAAAUGUUGUGUAUUUAUCUGUGUGUGGAUGUGCACACACUAGUGUCUGUGUAUAUACCUCUGUGGGUUCUGAUGUCUUUGCGUGUGCCUUCCAAAAAAGUUGUGAUUAUUUCAUGAACACUUGUAUUACCUCAAUCUCAUUCCAGUGUGAACUGAACGUAACUCCAGAUGCCUUGAGAGCCAUCGCCAGGUUGGCUUUGGAAAGGAAGACCGGUGCUCGUGGGCUAAGGUCCAUUAUGGUAAGUACCUCAAUAAAUAUUUUGAAAUGUACAUUAAUGUAAUGUAUACAGUAUAUUGUGAUUUACAUUUUGAAAUGAAAUGUAAUGUAAUUUUUGGACAUGCAUUUUGAAAUGUACGUCUUAAACCUUUGAGGGUUGUGAGUAAUAUUCCAUCUCUUGUCUUUUUAAGGAAAAAUUACUUCUUGAACCCAUGUUUGAAGUGCCACACUCAGACAUCAUGGCUGUUGAGCUGAACAAAGACGUAGUCCAAGGGAAAUCAGUGCCUGUGUAUGUAAAGUAAGUAUUCAUAAUUACCUGAGACUCAACUCGGUUGGGGACAAUACAGUUUUAAAGUGGAUAAGUAACAGUCGUCAAAAUGGAAACCUUACUGGAGACCUCCUAGUCAUUUUUGGAGGCAUGAAGCAGAAGUAGCUAGCAAAGGACAGCAGGAGCGGUAGCUAACUAACGUAAAUAAUCCUAGUGAGGUAGUUAGCCAACUUGUUAGCUAAUGUACAUACUCUCUUUGCUAGAAACCAGAUUGCUGCUUAAUGCCUCCAAAACGCCCAUGACAAUUCUCCAAUAAUAAUAAUACAUUUGGACGUGUGACACAUCCACUUUAAUAGCGUAUGGCAAAAUUCUAUAUGGUGUGGUUUCACACCAAUUUAAUUGAAAAUACAGUAUUUUACCAUUACUUUUAAUUUAUUUGCAGCAGAAUUUAAUCACUUUUUAUUUGUGCCUCCAGAGCAGCUGCUAAGGAGUCUGUUGAGGAGGAGUAUGACUCUGGGAUAGAGGAGGAGAGCUGGCCAAGGCAGGCGGAUGUAGCCAACAACUAA